AUGGGGGCCAAGGAUUCAGGGCUGGAGACAGGCUGGAAGGCGGUGGAGUGUGCUCAGCAGCUUGAGCAAUUGACUUUUAUCUCUUCCCACUGGAAGGAGAAACUAGUGACAACUUCAGCAUUUUUUUAUGGUACUGUCUUUCUCUGGUACCAAGGCUCCCAGAGUCCCAUUUCUGUGAGCAGAGGUGAAGCCAGUAAAACCAAGCAAUUCGGCUUCCAGACUGAGCUGCAGGCCCAAAGUGGGACUGACAAACAGCUGCUUGAGGAGAGCACAGGCUCAAGCACUGCUGCACUGACAAACCUGUCUCUGUCAGACUGCAGACUCACCUCGGCCUCCCCUCCAGCCUGCUGCCAGAUGGUGGAGGUUCUGCUCGCCGUCCUGAUCCUGGUCUGCAGCUCCGUGUCCUGUGGCUCGGCGGGAGGAUACACCGGCCUCCCCGCCCUGGGGGGCAUCUACUACUACCAGUACGGCGGGGCCUACAGCGGCUUCGGCGGAGCGGAGGGGGAGCGAGCCCAGCAGCUUGACCAACGUUUCUACCUACUGAAGCUGCCCAUUGCAAGGGCAGCGAUGGUCGUGGGAGGGUGUCUCCUGGUCUUCCCUUGUGUUCUGAUUUUGGUUAGUGUUCUGCAGGUCCCGUGGCACUUCCCAGCAUGGCUGCUGAUUGAAUGCACCUUGUACAUAGUGAUUGCAGUUAGUACUGUGCCUGCUCUGUACUAUUUCCUCCAUUCUCUGCUGAGCGUUUAUAAUUCAUCAGUGUGCAAAGAGAGAGAGCAGCUUUAUCAGAGCAAAGGCUAUCAGGGCUUCUGGUGCAGCCUGCAUGGGGCAGAGAUUGCUGCUGGCCUAUUGGGCUGCAUGGCUGCCAUGGCAUACCUGCUCAGUGCAGGCCUAGCUGUCAGAGAUUACAGGACAGUUCAUGAACAGAAACAGAAGCCACUGCAAUUAUAAGAACCUUCAAAUGAUUCUUCCACUCCAGUAAUAGUCUUGAUUUUUGCCAGUCUUACUGAGAUGAAGCAGUAUGCUUUCCUUUCUUCUGGACAGCACAGCCUUAAUGCUACAGAACACUCACCAAGCUAGCAUAGCUCUAAAUAUGGUAGAGUCAGGUUACCCGUAACUUGAAUUUGCAUUAUUGAGUUAUUAGUGGCUCAAAGCUGAUGCAGUGGAUUGUCCCGGCCUCAUAGGCAGCCCUUCCAUCCCACUCUCAGGUGCCCUCUUCUCCAGUGAGGCCUUGCCACAAGUACUGCCACUACAUGCUUUUGCCAAUGAACAGCUUUUUGUAGCUGAAACUGUCUACAAAAGGCAUGUGACUCUGCUGAGAAAAGAGCUCUUAAGAACAAGUGACUGAGGCCCAUGGUUGUAACAAUUAAUUAUUGCUUCCUUGUAGGUCUCUUGGAAUUAACAGACCACUGUGAACAUGACAUUUACAAAGCCAUGAAAAUAUCCUGAAAAAACCUCUCAAACUCAGUCAAACUUGUGAUAAAAUGCCUUUUCAAACUCCUGGAGAGGGUGCAUUUAUGUAUGAAAUGGUCUUUUUAUAUGACUUGUAUACAAGAGUUUUGCUUAAAAAGAUGUCCUGGAUUGGGAUAAUCAGACAAAAGCUUUAUGAGACCAAAUGGGUGAUUGAAUAUAGAAGUAUAUUAUUUUCAAAAUACAUUUUCAGUGUACAAGUUGGAGAAAUGAGACGCUGCUCCUAAUUUUUUUUUUAGAAAAACUUAUAGGAAAUUUAACUGGGAAAAGUAGCACUAGAAUCACCAACUCAUGUCUUAAAAUAAAAUGCCACUUCAGAGCAGUGUCCACUGUGUGCAUUGUUCAUAUGAGGAUGGAACCACUGUAGUUUCACAGAUGAGUUCUGCCCAUAUUAAAAAAAAACUAAACAUACUAGAAACAUGCUUUGCCUUGUAUGUAGCUCUUCUUUCACUGGCACCAGUGACCAAAUCCUCACAAUUACCAAAACCAUGGAACACUAUUGAACUAGAGACACUAAAGUAAAACAGAUGCUAAGUAGGAACACACUAGCUGCUUUGGGGUUUGCUUGAUUUAGUUUGGUUUUAGUUCAGGGUUUUUUUGCUUUUUAACAUCAAGGGUCUCAGCACAGGGAUUUACGUGGACAGUCCAUUGUUGUCCUGUUUCUGUUAACAUUUCUGUAUUUCCUCUUGUUGCAGCUACUUCUAGAGCUGUACAGUGCUAUUGAGAGCAAGUUCACAGGGCAGCAUUCCUCUAGCAGGAAACAAAGCUGCCUUAAUAAUUGGUAAGCCUAAUUCUACCCUCACAGUGUUCUGAAAGAAGUUUUUGUAUGGAAGGCUGAUGAGUGAAAUAGCACACAGAGCUCAGUGAAUAACCUACACCACAGCUGCUGCUAGACACAGCUACCUUUGACUGGGAUAUUGCAGAGAUUUUUUCCAGCACAGUAACAGAAUCAGAAUAAGCUGUUAGAUGAAAGUAAAAAUCUUUAUUGCUAAGUCAGCUGAAAAUUCAAUGCAAAAAUACUCUUCCUCCCUGUACCUCUCUAUACAUCUCAAUGGACUAGUGUUUUCCAACAAUCUUAAGUUAUUUGCCUUUCCAAAGCAAUACACAGGCCACAGUGCUGAGGGCACAUUCAUUAGACAACCUACUCCCACACACAAUAAAAACAGGGAUCCUUAUAGGUGCAUGCUAGAGUGGGAUACAGAAAAUACUCUCCUUUUUAAAAACAAAAAAAAAAA